AUGGCACCUCCUCGUCAGCGUAAGCAUGUGAAUGCACCUGUGCAGCUUGUUGGCCCGCAGCCAGCCGCUGGUGGAGUGCAAAGCACUGAUGAUAACUGUUCGAAUUCGAUUACCGGUGUUACGGUGUCAGUGCAUCCAGUCUGGCCCGAUAUGCAAUUCACACAAGGAGAGCUGUUCUUCGAAUGCACAUUGUUUCUAUAUUCGGUUCUGGCGUUAUUUCUACAGUAUCUGAACAUCUACAAGACGUUAUGGUGGUUGCCGAAGUCCUACUGGCAUUAUUCAAUGAAAUUCCACCUAAUCAAUCCAUAUUUUCUCUCAUGUGUGGGUCUACUGCUUGGAUGGCGUGUUACGAAGUGCUUUUGGAAAACGGUAUGUUUUACUUUAGACAUACAUGCAGCGCUAGGUUUAGUUUCAAUAUUUUCAACAAUGAACCUGAGGCCCACUACUACAAAGUAA